CACUCGCAGAACAACAACUAAAAAAGAAUAACAAAAGGUCGAGUGGUGAUGUAAUGAAAAGUGAUGAUUGUUGAUGACAGUACGUCAGCUGGGAACCAUAUUUUUAUUGAAUCAACAAGCCUGCUAUGGUUUGUCUAUAUUCAAAGACGGUUUGGUAUCUGAUGCAGAUAAAAGUGAUAUCAACGAAUAUUUGCAAAAUUUAAAGUAAACUGAUACCCCUAAAUACAUCUAAUCCAAUGUAGUCAUUUUGUUCAUUUCUUUAAAAAAAAGUUUAGCUUGAGGGAUAUAUCAAUACAUUUGCUAGACUCUCAAGAUGAUACACAGAACAUACAUAAUUAGCACUCAUACUUCAGCAGCAUUUCAGAUUAUGAAUGACCUGCGAACUUCCAAAGAACUCUGCGAUGUUGUUGUUUCUGUUGACAAUCAAAAUUUCUACGCUCACAAGGUUGUAUUAGCCGGCUGCUCUCCGUACCUCCGUGCCAUGUUUACGAACGGCAUGCUGGAGACAGCCAAGAAUGUGGUGAAAAUUCAAGGCAUUGACCCGGUUGCGAUGGAGAUUAUUUUGGACUUCAUGUACACAGCAACAAUUGAAGUUAACGUUGAGAACGUGCAGAUUGUCCUUGCGGGAGCAAGUAUGCUAAAUAUGAGUAGCUUGCGUAACGUCUGUUCAACCUUUCUCCAAUCCCAGUUAGAUGCUAGUAACUGUCUUGGUAUUCAUUCAUUUGCGGAUAUGUACUCUUGCUCUGAGUUGGAAUAUGCCUCUCGGAGUUUCAUUUACCAACACUUCCUUGAGGUUAUUCGAACCGAGGAGUUUUUCAUCAUGGGCGAGCAAGAUGUGUUCAAACUUUUCAAAAGUGACCAGUUACAAGUAGAGCAUGAGGAGGAUGUGUAUGAGGCGGCUGUUUCAUGGAUAAGUUAUGAUUUUCACAAUCGACAAUACAGCUGUUGUAAAGUACUACAAAACAUUCGCUUUGCGCUCCUAGACAAACAGUACCUCUUAGAGAAUGUCAGUAAUUCGGAGCUUAUACGGAACUGUCCGAAUUGUGGAAAGGCUGUUAGUGAUGCCGUCAGGAUAAGGAAUGAUAACCAAGCCUUAGCUAUGAUAAGUAGCCGAUGUCAACCUCAUAGUAUAUAUGUAAUUGGGGGAAGGAACAGUGUAGAUUGUCAAUUAAACUCGUGUGAAAAGUAUGAAGCUUCAAAAAAUAGAUGGAUUCCUCAGGAAAGCAUGGAGAUUGCUCGAACAGCAGUGGGUGCUGCAGAACUUGAUGGUAUGCUGUAUGUGGUUGGUGGCGAAUGUGCUUUCAAUGGCGUACAAGAUGACGAUACAAUGUAUUUAGGUUGCGUAGAGUGCUAUGACCCUGUGCUAAAACGCUGGACCAGAAAAAAGGAGCUAAAUGUACAGAGAUCAUUUGUGGCGGCAGCUUCCAUGGGUGGUUAUUUGUACUGCAUAGGUGGUGAAAAUGCAUCAAACAGCUUUAAUGUGGUGGAGCGUUAUGACCCUAAGAUAAAUCGAUGGUGCUUCCUGCAAAGUAUGAAGAGGAAGAGAGCAGGCUGCGGUGUUGUCGUUUGUGAUGGAAAACUGUAUGUAGCAGGUGGCUAUGACAAAAACUACCACAUAGACCGUGCCAGCAUGGAGUGCUUUGAUCCUGAGCUUCAGGAAUGGGUGUUUGUAGCGGAGAUGGAGAAAGCACGUUCUGGCGUGGCCUUAGUUGCAAUGGACCACUACAUCUAUGCUCUAGGCGGCAGGCUUAGGCAUACAGACCAAUAUUUUGACAUUGCAGAACGGUACAAUACACAGACACACCAAUGGUCCUCAAUCCAACCAAUGCAAGUUGCCAGGGCUUGGCCCGCUGUGGUAGUGUUUGAUAACCAAAUCUAUGUUUUUGGAGGUUUUGACGGUACGAACCGGCUACGCAGCGUUGAGAAGUACAACCCGCACACAGACACAUGGACGUUUGUGGCCAACAUGAGCGCUUGUCGAGCAGGAUGCGGAGCAGCUGUUGUAUAACCCUUAGCAAAUUGGAAGCUGAUAUUAUUGAUUAUUCAAAUUAUGGAUAUUUGCUGGUCAUCACAUGUAGGAUUCACUAUAUUUCAUUUGAAUUUAAAAACCACAACUGCACAUUUAUUAAUAACAUACAUUUAAAAAAUCAUCCAGUAGAUAUAAUAUUUAUCCUGGUCAAGUACAAAUCAUUAAAACGUUCCCAAAAAAUUAGGAUGAUUAGUUUUCUUAACACUUUCAAAUCACAUGUGAAAAAAAAAGGGUUAAAAUAAUAUAAUUAUAAGCAGUUUUUCUUUAGAGGAAGGGCCUGUUGUUGUAGGCAAUUUUAUUAGAGUGAUCUGCUAUAUGAUGCGAUUUGUCCAUUUAUUGUCUGUAUGCAACUUCAUUCGAUUGAUUACAUGUUUUUGUUUAAUCUUCUUCAUCUGAAAUAUUUCUUAUCAUUUUUAUUCUUAUCAAUUUAAUAUCAUUUUUUGAGUAAUAAUGUUGCCUAGGAGGUGAGGACUUUACAAAAGUAUUGUACAAAAUGUUAGGUUUUGUUUUUAUUCACUCCACUGUAGAUCUGUUUUAAUUGUGAGAUAAAGGGUUAAACCCACAAUUGAAUAUGCUAGGUGCUUAGGUAAUAGCAUACAGAGCCAUACCCACAUGUUUUGGUUAUUUAUUUUAGCAUGGUUAGCUUGGUUGACCAACUACAAUAGAUUUUGUUUUUGGGUUUUCUGUAAAUGCAUAGAGACCAUGUAUUUUAUGCGCUAUAUAAAAAGUCCCCAACCAUUACCAUACCAUUACAUCCAAGACACGUGGUAAAGACACACAACACAAAUACUACGAAAAAUAAUACAUACCUCUAUCGAUGCACUAAAUACAGAACGCAUAUCCCGACCUAUGUGACUCAUACCCAUACCAACAUACUGUACACUAACAAAACACAACACAUACUCAAAUACACUAAUAAGGCCGGAAAAAAAAAAAAUUUUGUUGGCCAAGUUUUGAGAAAAUAAAAAAAAUGGGUAGGUCAGUAGGAAAACUUUUUUUUUUUAACAACUAAAUAUGUGUUUAUGCCUAAAAAGUAGAAAAUACACAAAUAAUACAAAAAUUCAUAUUUGCUCAUAAAAAAAAUAUUGUUUGUUGUAAAAAAAAAAACAACCUAAAAUGUUGACCCUUAAUUUCGUUAAAUUUCGGUCGGGCGUGGCCAACGCAAUAAUUUUUUUUUUUUUGGCCUAAUUAUACGAAAAAAAACACUUCCAUACAUUUAUAUAAUUUUAGAUAAAUAUUAGUCAUUAUUAUUUUGCUGCAAAUUUAUUUACUUAUGUAAGGUAUUUGUUUCAAAUUAAUGUUAGUUCACCAAGUGGUACUGUACAUAAACCUCAAAGAACAUAUAGAACAAGAACAUGCACUUCAUACAAAUUUGUGAAAUGUUUGAAAUGAAUGAACUCAGUGGAACAUUGAAAAUCCAAAAUGGAUUGUAAUGGAUUGGAUUAGAUAACCCUUGGAAGUCCGAAUACUUAUUUUCCGGUGGAGUAUUUCUGUUUGCUAUUGGGAAGUACACUUGUACUGGUAUGGACAUUUAUAAUGUGCCUUUUCCUUGCGGCUGUAAAGCGCACACUAAGUCUCAGUUGUUCAGGGAAAAACUCGGGCAGCAUGUACUACAGCAAAAACACGACAAUCUUCUACUCUCUUCCAAGGAAUGUACUGCAAUCUUUAAUAUCCACAUGGGCCAUAUUGUACACAGGACCAAUGUCUUAAAUGUCUCAUCCGAAGAUGUUGUACUUUUUUUUUAUACUUGCAUUUCAGCCCUCCAUUUGAAACACAAUAAAGUGGAUUGAAUUGGUCCUCCAAACAAUAGACCUCCACAGAUCAGCGCAACACAGUGGCUACCACCUAGCCAAAUGAGUUUAUGCUGCUCUAUGAAACAGAUAACAUACACAUACAUGCUCUAGUAUCUUGCCAGAUAUAUCAACAAUCAACACAUACCUAAAAAGUAAUAAUCCUUUCUAGACUUUUGAGGGCGCUGUUACUUUUUAAAAUAUUUUCACAUGCAAAUUAUUGGAAAUGUAUUCUUUUUAUAUAUGUUCUUUGAUCGUAUGUACAGUAUGAAUACAUAAAAUGUUAGUAAAUCUUCAGAGUGUUAAAAAUAUUAUUUGUUAUUUUUUUGUUUAAAACUAAUGGUGUAUGACAAAUGUAAUACUCAAUUUCAGCUUUGCCAAUGAAGAGAGUCAUUUAUGAUGCAUUGAUUAUAUAUAUCUACUGUUGACUAUAAAUUAUAAAUAAAGUGUUCUUUAUUCGGGUGUAUUGGUUCACGAAUAUAGAUUUUUAA